AUGUCUCGGCGGGAUGAACAGAGCGACAUUUAUCGCCGCCCACGCCGCGACCGGAACUUCGACGACGAGCUGGAGGUGGAUAUAACCCGCCAACGCUAUCCAGAGCGCCGAGCGGAGACUCUCGUCAAGGACAGAGAGAGUACAGUGAGUCGCGGCCCACGCCAGCCUGACUUCCUCCGUGAAGACUAUGGCAAGACGACCGCGGGGCAGCUGGUUGUGCGGGAGGAAAUCCGAGAUGAGGAUAUAUAUCACCGCCGUUCGCCCGCUCCACGCUCUCGUCCGGCCCCAGAACGGAUAGAGAAGAUCGUGUUCGAAGAGCGUGAGCGCGGUCCGCCCUAUCCGCGAAGCCAGCGGAGUGAUGCUGGCGAUCGAGAAGAAGUCAUCUACCGCGAACGCACCCGCUCCCGGCCCCCACCACGCGAGCCUCCACGUGAGGAGCGAGAGGAGAUUGACAUCACCAUUCGUGAGCGAGAGCGAGAGAAGAGUCGGCCACCACCCCCUCCCAGCGAAGCACCUGUCGAGGAGAUCCGGUUCAGACGUGGUGGAGGUCCGCCUCGAACGGUGGAGCGAACCGAGGUUGAAAUCCGCGAGUCACACUCACCAGCACCACGGCCUUCACGUGUAGUUGAACGAGAGGAGAUUGAUAUCCGUGAGGUACGCUCUCCACCGGGCAGAGGCCGUGAUAGCUACAGAGAGGAGAUCAAGAUCCGUGAGAGUAGUGCCCCGGCGCCCAGGCCACGAUCUCCUAGCCAGGGCGCGCUGGUUGCGCGAAAGGAUGAGGAAUGGAUCGUCCGAAGACCACGUCGGUCUCCUCCACGUGACUACGAGAAGGAGGAGAUUAUCAUCAGAAGAAGAGAAAAGACUCCAGAGCCCGAACCCGAACCUGAACCUGAACCCGAGCCAGAGCCCGAGCCAGAGCCUGAACCAGCGCCGCCUCCACCAGAGCCGAAAUAUCUGCCACCCAUUAUCCAGGAGAUAAUCACGCAUCACAGACAUAUUGACCACCCGAUUGAACGCGCGAAGGAGGAAGAACCACCCAAGGAAGUGAAGGAGGAGAAGAAACCAGAAAAGAAGCCAGAAAAGAGAGAGGAGCACCUCGAGCUGGAGAUUCGACGCAAAGGCACGCGGAAUGGCAAGGCUUACGAGGAGGACUUCACCUUUGAGAAGGACUGGUAUGACACGGAGGAUGAGGAGGAGGAAAUCCGACCAAGCAAGCGCUCUCAAAGCAUUGCUCCUCGCGCACCAUCACAGGCACCCGUGCGGAGACGGUAUGAGGAUGAGUACGACGACGAGAUCGCGGCGGAAGCCGACUACUACAACAGCAAGAUAGCUUCUCGGGCGUACCCUGGAGAGGCUUAUAAUGGCGCGACCAAGGAUUGGGCUCUUGUCGAUGUUCCUCCAGGCACCGAGCGUGUGCGCAUGGAUGGUGUUGGUGGUGGCCGACAGGAGAUCACCUGGCAGCGCUACAAUGGCGAGAGGCGCGGUCGUUUUGUUUCUGGCGACCGUGCAUACGAAGCUGAGUUUGGCAAUGGUUAUGCGCCGUCCCCGCAGCCUCAGCUUCCGCCAGCGCCAGCCCCUCCUCCUCCUCCGCCAGAGCCGACUCGCGAGAUCAAGGAGGAAAUUAAGAUUACCAAAACGCGAAAGGAAUCCCAACCACCGCCGCGCAAGCGGGACCGGAUGUGGACUGAAGUCACCAAAGACCUAGUGAUCAAGGAGGCCAUCGAUGAGCAGGGAUAUGAGUACGAGGAGACCGAUGGUCACUUCUACAWCAUUGAGUAUCUUCGCUACGAAGAUGUACUACGUUUGGUGGAGAUCACCGAGGACAUCAAACGUGAACGUCGCGAGCGUAUUCGGGAACUGCAAUGGGAGCGGGACGAGAUUGAGCGUCUGCCCAAGAUGCUGCCUCCACCACCGGUUCCAGCUCCUCCCCGGUCCAAGUACGAUGAGCGCAUCUACGAACGCGACUAUAUCUACGACAGGGACGUUCGUAGAUACCGCUGA